AUGAUUUCCAAGCCCAUUUUCUCCGGUCUGCCGCCACCGCCUGUUGAUGGGGUGAACUGCCGCUGGGUUUGUGAUAACAUUACCACCAGCACAACUGAAGAUCACAAAGUCAUCGAAGAGGAGACAGAGGAACAGGUUGAACUGGAAAGGACAGAAAAAUUCACUGAAUUUGUGGAGCAAACCACACUGAAAACAGCUGAAAAGAACGUUAAAGUAGAGUACGAGUAUGAAAAAGAGUUCAACUUUGACCAGAAGGUGGAGGAACUUUCAACAGUGGUGGAAAUUGUGUCAAGCACUCCAGUGCCAGAAACCAAAAAGCACCAACAACAACAGCAGCAACAACCCCUUCAACAACGACCUCUUCUAAACCUUCAACCCCAAAACCGGAAAAGUACAUCCAAACAGAGUACAAAUCAGACUACGAGACGGAUUUUNCAGGACAAUGAUCAGCUGGUGUCCACAGAGGUGUCCACUCCAUCUUCUCCAGCACCAGCACCAUCAACUCCAAAACCAACUCCAGAAAUUUCCUCAACACACAAAUUAUUCCAUGAACGAGCUUCAACUUCAGCACCAACAACAACAGCAGCAACAACCCCUUCAACAACGACCUCUUCUAAACCUUCAACCCCAAAACCGGAAAAGUACAUCCAAACAGAGUACAAAUCAGACUACGAGACGGAUUUUGAAAUUCCACCGAGUCCGAGCCAAACGGCCCUUCUUCCUUCUUCAACACCUCAGCCAUCAACAGAAAAAAUAGCAGAAACUUUUGCACCAACAGAGGCAAUAACAACAAAAGAAGAGCAAUCGACUCAAGCGCAAAAAGUUGAAAUUGAAGAAGAAGAAGAGGUGUCCACUAUAGAAGAAUUUGAACAGGAGGAAACUUCAGCAGCCAGCACUUCUGAAAAGCCUUCUUCAACAACACCUUCCCCAAAAUCUACAACACCAAUAAAAAUUAUCACCACUUCUACUCAAACUCCAAAAUCCUCAUCUACUAGCACUAAAAAAUUUGAAACACCAAAGAACAAAGAAUUCCAGGGCUUUAAGCGGUCAGGCGUUUUCACCCAUAAAGUGCCAACUUCGAAGGAAGAGCAAACCACCCAAAAGAUGAAAGUGAUAACUACACCACCGCCAGAAACACCUUCAACAACGGAAGCACAAAAGUUCAUAAAAACCGAGUUUGAGGAGGAAAAAGAGUUCAACUUUGAGAACUAUGAGGAAACAACGAAGGGCAAAGAGGAGGGCAGUACUGAAGAAUUUUCCACCGAAAGUUCAACUCUUGGAUCACCUGAGCCGCCGUCACCAUCAUCAACCUCCACUACCAAAAAACCAGCCGAAAGGACUUUAGUUGUAACUGAUGAAAAGGAGGAGUUUGAGGACUUUGAAGAAGAGGAAGAUCAAAAGGUUAGCACUGAGAAAAUAGUUGUUGAAGUUCCAUCAAGUACGCCUUCCAUUUCCACCACCACCAAACCAUCACUCGAAAAGCUCAACUACGAGGCGGAAAAGGAGUUCAACUUUGAUGGCCAAGAUGAUGAAGCUACAGCAACACAGGAUGAGGAACUAAUAACGACAUCAACAUCACCACCACCAACAGUCCCAGA